CACUGAGGCUGACCAGACAGCAGAGCCAUGGACGGGGCAGCUGUGGGAUCCACCUGGAGGAGUCCAGUACCCCCCCAAAACAGCAUCUCCACUUUGGCUUUUAACCAACCUGUCAUCAUGACCCCCAAGGGAUUGCUUCUGAUUGCUGAAAUCCUCUUCGGGCUCCUGGUGUGGAUCCUGAUUGGAGGUACAGAUUAUUUCCACCUGCUGGCUAUCUGCUGGGUGAUGUUUGUCGCCAUCUUGUGUUGGAUUGUCACCCUCAGUCUGUUUAUCAUGUACUUGACUGCAGUCCCAGCCAGAGCUCCACACAUCCCCUGGACUACAGUGUCCCUCUGUAUAAACGCUUCUGCCACGGGCUUGUACUUGAUAGCAGCAGUGGUAAAUACUGCUGCAGUGAAUGAGACCACGAGAGGGCGCCACAACUUCAAAUGUUGGUCUGCAUCAGCUUGUUUUGCCUUUCUCACCACUCUGUCCUACGCCUGCAGCAGUUACCUGAGCUACCAAGACUGGAGAAGCCCACAAGAGGGCAAUCCUCAGUGAGCAGACAGAGAAGUGACGCACUGGACACUGAAGUAUCCACUUAGCAUCUGCAGAUCUGAGUAAGGCCGCAGUGAAUAGUUAAAGGAAUAUUAGAGCACAACAGCCCAUGAGGAAUAUUAUGGGCAAUAUGAAAAAGGAUAAUGCAAAUGUUACAAGUGUUCAGACCCCAGUUGUUGUGCCAGCAAUGAGACCUCCUCUGGAAGUCACAAAUAUUAAGAAAUUUCUCUCAUCAUUGUAUCUUCCCAAAAGCCAAAAAUGCAACAUUAUAAAUAUUAUAUAUUGUAUGUGAGAGACAUUUCAAACCUAUUUUACUUUGUGUGGGACAUUGUCAGUUUGUGAAGGGUCUGCACUGACCAGAACUAAAAUCAAACUGCCAAUUUUUGGAUAGGUAAGAAAACACAGAGUUAAAAGUUUUUAUGUUGAACAAAAUGUCUGUGUAAUCCCUCCAUUGUCCAGGUAUGAUCCAUAGCAAAAGAAAAAUGUAAUUCUGUGAAGUGGAGACAUUUCAGUGUUUCUUCAGUUCUGGUCAGAUUGCUGGUGGACACUGCCUUAUACCAUUCGGAAGGAAGGAGCUACCCUGAAACUAACACAACAAUUUGUAUACAGUUUCUCUUUGUUUGGUAGGUCUAUUGAACUACCAAAAGUGUGAACUGUGAACUGAGUCAUAUUUUGCAUAAUCAUUCAGGUUUAAUGGGCGCUCUCACACAUAUUAGCUUAAUGGGUAUCACUAUGGUUUAGGUUUAGGUCUGAGGAUGGAGUUAUAAAUAGGAGAUAAAUGAUGCCUAAUUCCUCCAUUCCUGUUCAAAGAUGGAUUGAUUGUCUUUCCUAGCAAAAACUGCCUCUUUAACUCCCCUCUCAAACUAUUUAUUUUCUUUGGCUAAGCGAUCUUAGCCAAAGAAAAGAAAUGGCAUAGUGCUACUGUCACUAUAUUAAGUCAAAAAACAAAGUCAUUGAUUCACAUGAGAAAUCAUGUGGACACAGUAGACCACACAUUGCAUUAUAAACAUUGUUUUGAAACAAUGAAUUCAACAACUGAAAUUAAUGUAUUUCUCAUGAUAAUCAAAGGUUUAUAGAUCUACUAAAUCACCAACAGGUUUAUAUAGGCCUCUGCUCUCCAAAUUAACUUACCAUAAAUAUGAAAUCUAUUUGUAUGUUUUUUUAAGUAUUGCCACCAGAUGACAGCGAUGUUCAGGGCAAUAAAGAACAGCCAUUUAUCCCUCCAGUAUUUCACUUAUUUCUGUUUUACUUCUGGUCCCAUGUUGAAUUAAAACAAAAAGGAUUUUCAAACCCUAGUAACAUAAUGCAUUGAUGAAUAGUACAGUCUAUUUGUGUGAUUUCUGUGAUUUGACAAAAAUAUCCCAACAUAAACACUACGUCAAC